GGAGCGGGCGAGCGAGUGAGCGAGCGCGGCCGCCACAAAGCUCGGGCGCCGCGGGGUCUGCGGGCGGCGUAGCUGGCCCGGCGCGGCGACUGCUUUCCGGGCUGGCGGGGCCCGGGCGCCCCGAGGCCGCGGCGUUCCAGGGCGCCCUGAGCGUUCGCAAGUUGCGAGCAAAGUUUGGUGGAGGAGACGCCGAGCCUGAGUCCUUUCUUCCUCUCGCUCCCCAAACCCGAGGGCAGCCGGCGGGCGUCAUGCCCGCGCUCCUCCGCAGCCUGGGCUGCGCCUGAAGCCUCGGACCUUGGCGCAGGCGGGACCCGAGGACCACUCUGUUUCGGAGUUUCCCCCGAGUGCGUCCCUUGCUCCAUCCCGACUCACGCCGGGCGCGGGGACAGACCGGCGGCCGAGGAGCGUUGCCAUUCAAGAGGCUGCAGCACCGCGGGAGCAGCGGCCAGACCGGCACCUCGGCUCCGGAGCCCACCGCAGGCUGGAGGCAUUGCUGGCAGUCCAUGCUCGCAGACCAGGUGUGCAGAUGGGAGUGACGUCCACGUGGAGAUAUGGAAGAGGACGGGGGAUUGGCACCGCCGCAGCCAUGGUCAGCUGGGCCCGCUUCGUCUGCCUGGUCGUGGUCACCAUGGCAACCUUGUCCCUGGCCCGGCCCUCCUUCAAUUUAGUGGAGGAUACCACUUUAGAGCCGGAGGAGCCGCCAACCAAAUACCAAAUCUCCCAACCUGAAGUUUACGUGGCCGCGCCCGGGGAGUCGCUAGAGUUGCGCUGUCUGUUGAGAGAUGCCGCCACGAUCAGUUGGACUAAGGAUGGGGUACACUUGGGGCCCAACAAUAGGACAGUGCUUAUUGGGGAAUACUUGCAGAUAAAAGGUGCCACGCCUAGAGACUCCGGCCUCUAUGCUUGCACGGCGGCUAGGCCGGUAGACAGCGAGGCUGUCUACUUCAUGGUGAAUGUCACAGAUGCCAUCUCAUCCGGAGAUGACGAGGACGACACAGAUGGCUCCGAGGAUUUUGUCAGUGAGAACAGUAACAACAAGAGAGCGCCGUACUGGACCAACACAGAAAAGAUGGAAAAGCGACUUCAUGCUGUCCCUGCAGCCAAUACUGUCAAGUUUCGCUGCCCAGCUGGGGGGAAUCCAACACCAACUAUGCGAUGGCUGAAGAAUGGAAAGGAGUUUAAGCAGGAACAUCGCAUUGGAGGCUAUAAGGUGCGAAACCAGCAUUGGAGCCUUAUUAUGGAGAGCGUGGUCCCGUCCGACAAAGGAAAUUACACCUGUGUGGUAGAGAACGAGUACGGCUCCAUCAAUCACACGUACCACCUCGAUGUCGUUGAGCGAUCGCCACACCGGCCCAUCCUCCAAGCGGGACUGCCGGCCAAUGCUUCCACCGUGGUCGGGGGCGACGUGGAGUUCGUCUGCAAAGUGUACAGCGAUGCCCAGCCCCACAUUCAGUGGAUCAAACAUGUAGAAAAGAACGGCAGCAAAUACGGGCCCGACGGGCUGCCUUACCUCAAGGUGCUGAAGGCCGCCGGUGUUAAUACCACGGACAGAGAGAUUGAGGUUCUCUAUAUUCGGAAUGUAACUUUUGAGGAUGCUGGGGAAUAUACGUGCUUGGCGGGUAAUUCUAUUGGGAUAUCCUUUCACUCUGCAUGGUUGACAGUCCUGCCAGCUCCUGUAAGAGAAAAGGAGAUUACGGCUUCCCCAGACUACCUGGAGAUAGCCAUUUACUGCAUAGGGGUCUUCCUGAUUGCCUGUAUGGUGGUGACGGUCAUCCUGUGCCGAAUGAAGACCACGACCAAGAAGCCAGACUUCAGCAGCCAGCCAGCUGUGCACAAGCUGACCAAGCGCAUCCCCUUGCGGAGACAGGUUUCUGCCGAGUCCAGUUCCUCCAUGAACUCCAACACCCCGCUGGUCAGGAUAACCACGCGCCUCUCCUCAACGGCAGACACCCCCAUGCUGGCAGGGGUCUCCGAGUAUGAAUUGCCAGAAGAUCCAAAGUGGGAGUUCCCAAGAGAUAAGCCCAAAGAACUGCACAGGUAUCGCCCUGUCAAGAGAGUUAAUGGCGCACCAGCCGCCGAUGGGGGAGAGAAAACUAACUGGUUUUUAAUUUACCUAAUGUUUGUAGAUGAUGCCACCGAGAAGGAUCUUUCUGAUCUGGUGUCAGAGAUGGAGAUGAUGAAGAUGAUUGGAAAACACAAAAAUAUCAUAAAUCUCCUUGGAGCCUGUACUCAGGAUGGGCCUCUCUACGUCAUCGUGGAGUAUGCCUCGAAAGGCAACCUCCGCGAAUACCUCCGAGCGCGCAGGCCGCCGGGGAUGGAGUACUCCUAUGACAUUAACCGCGUUCCCGAGGAGCAGAUGACCUUCAAGGACUUGGUGUCUUGCACCUACCAGCUGGCAAGAGGCAUGGAGUACUUGGCUUCCCAGAAAUGUAUUCAUCGGGAUUUAGCAGCCAGAAAUGUUUUGGUCACAGAAAACAAUGUCAUGAAAAUAGCAGACUUUGGACUGGCCAGGGAUAUCAACAAUAUAGAUUAUUACAAAAAGACCACAAACGGGCGACUUCCAGUCAAGUGGAUGGCCCCAGAAGCCCUUUUUGACCGGGUGUACACCCAUCAGAGUGACGUGUGGUCCUUCGGGGUGUUAAUGUGGGAGAUCUUCACGUUAGGGGGCUCCCCCUACCCAGGGAUUCCGGUGGAGGAACUUUUUAAGCUGCUUAAGGAAGGACACAGGAUGGAUAAGCCGGCCAACUGCACCAAUGAGCUGUAUAUGAUGAUGAGGGACUGCUGGCAUGCGGUGCCCUCCCAGAGGCCGACGUUCAAACAGCUGGUAGAAGACUUGGACCGGAUUCUCACUCUCACAACCAAUGAGGAAUACUUGGACCUCAGUCAGCCUCUCGAACAGUAUUCACCUAGUUAUCCUGACACAAGGAGUUCUUGUUCUUCAGGAGACGAUUCUGUUUUCUCUCCGGACCCCAUGCCUUACGAACCCUGCCUUCCUCAGUAUCCACAUGUGAACGGCAGUGUUAAAACAUGAAUGAACUUGUCCUUCUGUCCCCACACAGGACAGCACCAGGAACCUAGCCACACUGAGCAGGGAGGCCACGCCUCCAGGAGCUUGUGGGCUCUGCUUGUAUAUAUGGAUCAGAGGAGUAAAUAAUUGGAAAAGUAAUCGGCACACGUGUAAAGAAUUUAUACAGUUGGAAACUUGUAAUCUUCACCAGGAGAAGAAGAAUGUUUCUGGGGCCAUGGACUGCCAUGGGCCACCACGCGCCCGUGACCCGCUGUGGGUACUGGCUGCGGACCAGCUGGACUCAAGGCAAACUUACGUUCUGCCUUCCUUGUGAAUUUUGUAAUAAUUGGAGAAAAUAUAUGUCAGCACACACUUACAGAGCACAAUUGCAGUAUAUAGGUGCUGGAUGUAUGUAAAUAUAUUCAAAUUAUGUAUAAAUAUAUAUUAUAUAUUUACAAGGAAUUAUUUUUUGUAUUGAUUUUAAAUGGAUGUCCCAAUGCACCUAGAAAAUUGGUCUCUCUUUUUUUAAUAGCUAUUUGCUAAAUGCUGUUCUUACACAGAAUUUCUUAAUUUUCACCGAGCAGAGGUGGAAGAUUACUCUUGCUUUCAGGGAAAAUGGUAUAACAUUAAUUUAUUAACGAAUUGGUAAUAUACAAAACAAUUAAUCAUUUAUAGUUUUGUGUUUUUUUUGUUUGUUUUUGUUUUGUAAUUUAAGCGGCAUAUCUAUUGCAGGCAGCACAUCGGACUAGUUAAUCUACUGCUUGGACUUAACUAGUUAUCAGAGUCUUUGAAAAGAGAAAUAUUUACAGAAUAUGACUAAUUUGGGGAAAAUGAAGUUUUGAUUUAUUUGUUUAAACUCUGCUGUCAAAUGAUUGUUCUUAACACCACCAAAAUGCCAAUAGGAAACAAACCCAUUCAUGAGAGAGUAUUUUGUUUUGCUGUGCAGCUCUGUCAUUGGGCCCAUGGAACAUUUAACUGGACUUCCCAAGACAAAUGGUACCAGCGUUCUCUUAAAAAGAUGCCUUAAUCCAUUCCUCGAGGAUGGACCCUUAGUUGAGAUGAUAGCAGACUGCACUCCUCUCUGGCAGCUGGCCUUCUGCCCUGAGUUGCACGUUAAUCAGAUUAGCCUGUAUUCUCUUCAGUGGAUUUUGAUAAUGGCUUCCAGAUUCAUUGGCGGUAGAGACGCCUUUUAGAAUCUUCACGUCUCAUCGUAGAAAUUGAAACACUGAGUUGUUCUGCUGAUAGUUUGUGGAGAUACUUCCAUCUUUUUAAGGGAUUGCUUCUAAUUCUGGCAGGACCUCACCAAAAGAUGGGGCCUCAUACCAACGUCAGACACAAUGUUGCCAUGUUGUGCGUUCUAUAUGAAAGUAUCGUGUUUUGCUUUGGCAACACUUACUCACUUGGCUAUAGCCAUGCAACAUGAAUGCAGAUUACACUGAUUCUACUUGUUACGAAAUUGGAGAAAGUAUUUAAUGAAACCUGUUAAUUUUUAUACUGACAAUAAAAAUGUUUCUACAGAUAUUAAUGUUAACAAGACAAAAUAAAUGUCACGGAGCUUAUUUUUUUAAGA